AACGAAGAAAUUCCACUGUACGUGACCGUUGGACUUGUGGGAAUUUGUCUCCGAGGAGAACGUUUACAACAUUACGAGUCAAAAGCUAGCUUAUAUUUCGAUUCCCAGAGCUUUGUUCAACCUUUUCACAGUUCUAGGAGGUCUUUUAUUGCCAUCGAUGUAAAAUAUUGCCGAUGGAUCUCGUCAAAGCAGAAAUAUGGCGAAGUUUUGCGAAGGUGACGUUUAUCAUGUCCAGUUUGGUCGUCAUCACCUCGGCCUUUAGUUGCAACUUUGAUACAUCCAUGUGUGGUUUUGUCCAGGACAGUAAUGAUAACUUUGACUGGACGCGACAUCAGGGAAGCACUACUUCUAGUGGUACUGGACCAUCUGCUGACCACACCACAGGAAAUGGUAUGGACAUAGACCUUUCUUGAUUACAUCUUCCUCCUUUACUUCAUUUGAAAACAGGAAGUGAUCUUAUUUAUUGUUAAAAGGUGGAAUUUUAUACCCAAGGAGGGGAUCUAGUAAUAAAUGUAAUGAGGUAAAAACUACUUUUUUAACAGAGGUCGUGAUUUUGUUUUCGUAAAUAUACAAAUAGAAGGAUGCUCUUUCAUACUCAAUAGAUUGAUAGUACAUGUAUAAACACAGAAAUCAUCAUUUGCUCUUUUAACAACAAUGCGCUCAAGAAAUGCGUCAAUGGCAAAACUUUUUAUAUCGUGGUCACAGUGAGGGCCCAGUAGUUUUUGGAUGUUGUUUACUCGUUGCAGUGAUGAAGUUUCACGAUAAAAAUUAAUUUGCAAGUUUAUGGCUACUAAAUAGCCCCAACAGGUGGUUGGUGAUGCCAACAAUCACAUUGUUGUACAUUGUCAACUGACAAACCACAACAUUGACUGGGACUCUGCUCAGUGCUUAACCUACAGCACAAACUGUUUUCAACAACUGACUCUGGAGAGCUGGUACACUAACCUAGAACAAACGCCUCUUAACAGAUGUCAACAACUACCGGCGCCUUACAAACGAUGUAUCCAUGACAGAAACAAAACCUACAAAUGGACUUCCAACAGACCAACUUAAUUUGACUAACAAUAGACGGACCAAAAACCGACCAAUUUGACUAACAAUUGACGGAUUGAAACUGACC